AUGUAUCCGCGAUUUCUAGACCGCAACUAUCCGUUGGCGAAGCAUCUGUUCUUCGUGACCAGAUACUCCUUCGGCCUGCUGGGGCUGAGAUUUGGUGGACAGCUAUCGUGGUUGCAGCUCUCAUGGCUGGUCUUCAACUUCGUGAACCUGGCGCACUGCUGCCAGGCGGAGUUUGUCUUUGGCUGGAGUCACCUGCGCACCAGUCCCGUGGAUGCCAUGGACGCCUUCUGUCCCCUGGCCUGCAGCUUCACCACGCUCUUUAAGCUGGGAUGGAUGUGGUGGCGCCGUCAGGAGGUGUUUGAGCUAAUGGAACGCAUCAAGUUGCUGAUCAGGCAGCAGGAAAUGAGGAAGGACCCUCGCAGGGAUGUGGCCCAGAGGAGCUACUACCUCAUGGUCACCAGGAGUGGCAUGCUGGUCUUCACCAUGGGCAGCAUCACCACGGGCGCCUUCGUUCUGCGAUCCCUUUACGAAAUGUGGGCGCGACGGCGACAGGAGUUCAAAUACGAUAUGCCUUUUCGCAUGCUGUUCCCCGAGUUUGCCCACCGAAUGCCCUGGUUUCCUAUCUUCUAUCUCUACUCCACUUGGAGUGGUCAGGUCACGGUAUAUGCCUUUGCUGGAACUGAUGGUUUCUUCUUUGGCUUCACCCUCUAUAUGGCCUUUCUCCUGCAGGCCCUAAGAUACGAUGUGCAGGAUACACUUAAGCCAGUGCAAGAUCCCUCGGUUAGGGAAGCCCAUAUCUGCUGUCACCGCUUGGCGGACAUCGUGGAUCGCCACAAUGAGAUAGAGAAGAUUGUCGAAGUGUUCUCAGGAAUCAUGGCAUUCCCCACUUUUGUCCACUUCGUGUCAGCCAGCCUGGUGAUAGCCACCAGCGUAAUUGACAUACUAUUGUAUUCCGGCUACAAUAUCAUCCGCUAUGUGGUCUAUACGUGCACCGUGUCCUCGGCCAUAUUUCUCUAUUGCUAUGGUGGCACGGAAAUGUCCACUGAGAGUCUCUCCUUGGGAGAAGCGGCCUACGGAAGUGCCUGGUAUAAAUGGGAUCGGGAGACGCGCAGGCGGGUUUUUCUCAUUAUCCUGAGAGCUCAGCGACCCAUCACCGUAAGGGUGCCCUUUUUUGCACCUUCUUUACCAGUCUUCACAUCGGUCAUCAAGUUCACGGGUUCUAUUGUGGCCUUGGCUAAGACCAUAUUGUGA